AGUGUGUGGGGUUGAGUGUGAGGUUGAGUGUGUGAGGGGUUGAGUGUGAGUGUGAGGGGAGGGUUGGCAGCCGUGGCUCAAUGUUUGUGUGCCCCACGCGCGUCUACCCGGCAUCCCACCACCCAGACAGCUCAAUGUUUUUGUUUAUUUAGGUUAGGCUUGAAAAAAUAAGAAAGUGCACAAUGAGUUACGAGACCUCUACCAGUUCAGCGCUUCCUGAUGGGGAGACACGGACAAAUCUCAUCAUUAAUUACCUUCCACAGACACUUACGGACCAAGAGUUUUACAAGAUAUUUGUUGUAGUAGGACCCAUAAAAAACUGCCGCAUUAUGAAGGACUUAAAGCAGACUGGAUAUUCCUUUGGCUUCGGCUUUGUGGAGUACCAGAAGCCAGAAGAUGCCGCUAAAGCCAUCCUGCAGUUGAAUAACCUCCCUGUGCAGCACAAACGCAUCAAGGUGUCAUACGCACGGCCGCCAGGGGAGGACAUAAAGGAAACUAAUCUCUAUAUUCAGAAUAUUCCCAGAUCAUACACGCUAGACCAACUAGAGGAGCUAUUUGCAGUGUUUGGCCAGAUUGUCCAGAAAAAUCUCUUAAAGGAUAAAGUUACAGGACUUCCACGAGGUGUUGGUUUUGUAAGGUUUGACAAGAAAUCUCAAGCGGAAGCAGCAAUUGUUGGCAUGAAUGGUGUUGUGCCUGAGGGAGGAACAGAACCACUAGUGGUUAAAGUUGCAGAAGAACAUGGUAAAAUGAAAGCAGCAUACUAUGCUGGUUAUCACGCAGGACUUAGUAAUACGAGAGGUGGAAACACUGGUAACAAAUUACCUCAAGAAAGAGAAUAUACGGAGUUUGCCAUGGUCGGGAGACAGCCCCGAUUUAAACCUUAUUGAGAAUUGUUGGGGUGAAACAGGGAAAAAGUUGCCACAAAAAUGCCAGCAUCAAAAAAGAAAGCUUCUGGAAAGUUAUAUCUAUCUGGUAUUAUGAAUUAUUAUUGGAAGCCAUCCAAAAGAUGAUGUCUUCAAUGCAAUCAAGAUGUGAAGCAGUGUUAAAAGACUUAAAUUCGAUGUAACAAUGCAAUUGUUGAUAAUUGAACAUUUUAUAUUAAAGUUUGUUUAAUUAUUAUUAAUAUUUGGUAUAUGGUAGGCUUAAUGUUCCUGCUAGACUUUUUGAUUUAUAUACUGCAUAAUGCUUAUUUAAUAUUACACAAUAAAUAAGUUACUGUGUAAUCAUAAUUAUAAUUAAACUUCUGAUUAUGUAAUAAA